CACAAGCUCCUCCCUCCUGAGUGAGGCUGGAGGAUCAGCAGUUGGUUUCAGUUCUGACCAGGACUCAAACACAACACUACAGAGGACACAGGGCUGAAAGUGAGACUCAUCAUCUGAAUUACUACUUUAUUUGCAGGUUUUAAUUCUUUACAUUUCUUUCAUUCUCUGAACUGAAACUCAUCUAAGAAGUAAACGGAUCUGCUCGUCUCACAAGAACUACUCCUUAUUGAACUGCAGCAGAUUUGCAGCUACAGUAACAAUGAAUUCUGGCACACAGGAUACUGAGAUGUCUGAAGAAAUGGAGGUCCUGCCCACAGAAACUGAGCAGAACUACGAACCCAGUGUGAUCAACCGAGUCAUCCAUUUUCGGGUCAAUAAAGAAAAGUAUGCUGUUUCCUGUAAGCCAUCCAUGACUGUACUAGAGGCACUGAAGAGAAGCAAAAGAUUCAGAGGGAUCCAACUUAAGAACCGCGACAAAGAAAUUGUUAUCCAGAGAGAGAAGUUUCCAAAAGCUGUUGUGAACACUGGUUUUCCCUGCAGCCUUAUUGACGAACAGGAGACGCUAGAUGUCAGCUUCAUCAAAGGUGAAGCUCCCUCACAAGUUGGCGAAACUGCACUGGACCACCCACAUACCCUAAGAGCUGAAGAUUUGGUCAGCUUCAACAUCAGAACCAAAGGUGGCAAAAAUAUCAGGCAAAUUAUGAAAAAUCAAGAGCUGAAGCUUGAGCUUGAUUUUGUUUGUGUACAUGCAAAGAGAGGAGAGAACCUGAGAAAAGCUUUGAAGAGGGACGGGAGAUUCACGGAUGUCAUUUUCCGCAAGAGGUGCGCUUUAAUUGAAUUAGAAUCUGAGGUGAUCACUGAAAUGUCAAAUGGAGUUGAUCAUCUUGAUGGGAAGCAUUUACAAGUAAUUCGCUUUGAUGACUCUGCUCUGUUGGUUAGCUUUAAAGCAACAGGAAGCAGGAAGGUGUUGAGGACCAUGAGUGAUGUUUCUGAUACAGCGCCGCGUGGUUCACAAACUGAAAACCCUAGAAAGCUUGUGCGCACUAAACCAAGAGAAUUGGCUAAAACUUCCCUGAAAUCCAUGGAUGUGACAGCUGUUCUCCAAGCCUGUAAAAUGAUCCCGAACUCUGAAGAGUUGUUUAAGACUCUUUCUGCACAGUGUAGGUGUUUGUUGAGUGAGAUGAAAAAACACAGCAGGCUUAAGUCCUACAAGGAUCUCCUUAGAGUGGAGUAUGACAAAGGUAAAAGGGGAUUCUCUAAAAUAAGUGACGUAAAGAGACUGAUGCAGCUGUCAGAUUCUGUUUGCAAGAUAAUCAUUGAUGGGGAACCAAACGGAACUGGGUUUCUGCUCUUUGACAAAUUCAUCCUCACCUGUGCACACGUGAUUGACUGUGAACCAAGAUCAAAGCCACGGAAGCUAAAAGACCCAGUUACUGCAGAAUUUGACUAUGAAGACAAUAAGACAAAGCAAGUCUUUCAAGUGAAGGAAGAUAUUGUGAGUUGCUCUCAUGAAGUGGAAGGUGAGGGACCAUUUCUUGAUUUCGCACUAUUAGAAUUGGGAGAACUCAUUCCACAAGCAGGGGGAUCAGUAAAGUCUGCUGAGACUGCUGAAUCAACACCCCCUGCUCUGCUAAAAGGUUCCACCAGUUCUGCCAAGACAAAGGUUACAAAGAGCAUCUGCAUCAUUGGGCACCCAGAUUGUCUUAGUAAGAAAUAUGACGUCUGUUCUGUGAUUAGGGAUGAUAAAUGGAAGAGCACUACAAACGACCGCCUUUCUCAGAUGACAGAUAAGGUACUGCACAUUCUAUCAGAGCUGUCAUUAGAAGACGAUUGGAACUACAACAGCUCACAGAUUACCUACGACACUUGUUUUUUUGAUGGUUCAUCUGGCUCUCCUGUCUUUAACAAGAGGUGUGAACUGAUUGGUAUUCAUACUGGUGGCUAUGCAUAUGAGGACAGCAAAAACAAAUUCAGAAGCUUGAUGGAAUAUGGCUUUCCCAUUGGGCCAGUCCUGAAACGCAUUAUGAUACAGUCGAGGGAGAGAGGAAGAAAUGAUGUUCUGACCAUCUUGGAAUCUCUGGUCAUUCAACAGGACACCUUAGACUCUCCUACUGACAAAGAUUUCCAUACCACCCCACUAAACCCAGUGAUCAAAUCAGCCCAAGACAAAAGAGACAACAUCACUGACAAAACACCAAAACUGAAUUUGUCUUAAAGAAACAAAGUGAACACAGCAAGGAUGCAGGUACAACAUAUCACUGACGGAUAAAACCAGACUGAUGAAACAGACUCAGACUGGUCUUACAAAACAUCUGUCUGCACCACUGUGACCCAGUGAUGACUGACAUUUUACAUUAUAAUGCAUUAUACAGGGGGUUGAUUCAGCAGCCCUACAAGAACAAAUGUGUGGAAUUUUACCACCACUUCACUCACCGUAGAUGGAAAAAAACAAUAACAUGGAUGUUGAUAUGGUUCACAAUAUCUCUCACUUUAUGACAAAUGUUGUAAGGAGAAAGCUUUUUGAGUGUUGUUAUUAUAGGAUUGCAAGGCUUUAAAAAAUAUUCAGCUACUGAGAUUACAAAAGUUCUUCUGUGUUUCUAUGAAUAUCUUUAGUUGUUCCUUUAUUAUAUACAGGGUGAUUCAAAAAGAUUAAUCUGAUUUCAAAGAGCCAUAUUAUUACAACCGU